AUGAAAUAUUUUAUUAUUAUUAUUACUGCAAUUUUUUUAACUAUAGGCGAUUGUGAAGAACAUUAUCCACCAGUUCUGUAUAAUCAGGCUUGUAUAACUCAAGGUUUUCAUUCUGGACACCGGGCUGUCGAUAUUGGAUCUUAUGGUGGCAAACGAGUCAAUCUAUAUGCAAUAUGGAACGGUACGGUAUUGAGCACUUGCGACGGUGCAGGGGAUUAUGAUCAAAAAGUAUGCGGAAUCUGUGGUAACUUCAUCGACAUUCGACAUAACACGGUCGACAUUCGCUACUGUCAUUUGACAUCAGGCUCAAUAAAAGUUUCUAAGGGUGCAAAAGUACAACGAGCACAAAAAAUUGGUGUUAUGGGCACUUCAGGUAAUUCUACAGGUGUCCAUCUUCAUAUUCGUGUGAAAGAAAUAAGUAGUGGUGCAGUACGAGAUAUUCGAACUCGUCUGGAACUCAAUGGCUGGCGUAAUUGUUGCGGCUCAUUCUGUGGUGUAUUCGAAGUAUGA